AUGAGACUCAACACAAUCGUCGUCUUCCUUCUUGGUCUUGUUAUCGAAGUGAUGAUGCCUGUUGAUGGAUCGAAUGCAAUACUUGUGGAUACUGAUGAAAUACCGAUCGAGCUAACAGCUGGUGAGGCUCUGGGUUGUGUUAUGAAGAGAAAACCGAUACCCGGAAGAGCUAGAUACCCGGACCGGGGUUUCGAGAUACGCAUGAAGACCACCACUGAUGGAGGUCUUGUGCUUUUCGAAUUCACAGAUUUCACCAAAAAAUUGCUUAUUUACAAGAUGUGA